AUGGACGCGCCUGGCGCGACUGAGGCAUUGGAGAAUGUCCAUCAAGAAAACGCGGCUCAUAGAUCGCCAGUAAGGCCAAUGACCCAUCACAGACGCCCUCAUCGGCAACUACCCACCGAGACCGAUGAUAGUGAGACCGAUCAAUAUGAGGAUGGGGAUGAGGAAGAAGGGAGUGUGACAGAUAUAGGGUCAGGACGAGAUAUUGGAGAAGACUAUGAGGAGGAAGAGGACGAGCCGCAUCUCAAGUACGCGUACUUGACCAAGCAUCUUGGAGCUAUCUACCGGAAUGGAGACGCAACAAGUGCAUUUAUGGCCGCGGGGGACAAGAUGAUAGUUGGCACACAUAACGGGAAUAUUCAUGUAUUUUCCGUGCUUCUGUUUCGUGCCCUGCGGGUCUACCACGCGCAUUCUGCCACCGUCACCUCGAUUUCAACUUCGCCUUUUCCUCCGCCAUCGCCGGAUUUAAGACAGGGACAUGAAGCGGUCGAGAACAGGCAUGUUCCUCCCUCCAGCACCGGAAGCAUCCGAGGCCAAUCGAAGCCCGCUCCCCAACUUUCUAUUCCCGCAAAUGCCUCCAACUCGAUCUAUAUAGCUACGUCCUCGAUAGAUGGCAAUGUUUGUGUCUCAUCGCUCGUCGAUAAGAAGGAUGUCUUAUUGCGGAACUUUGGCCGACCUGUCCAAGCAGUAGCGCUGUCGCCGAACUACAAAAGCGAUCGGACAUUUAUCUCAGGUGGGCGAGCCGGCGAGCUAGUCCUUACAGUCGGAGGCAGGGUCGGUGUAACCUCAAAUUCUACAACGAUGGGCGGCGCGGCCGCUACUGCCUCCAGCUGGCUUGGGACACUUGGGCUCGGGGCCAAUACUGGCAAGGAUACUAUACUUCACAGUGGCGAAGGUGCAAUCAGUACGAUCAAAUGGUCAUUAUCGGGAAAGUAUAUUGCCUGGGUCAAUGAGGAAGGCAUCAAGAUUAUGCGAUCAAAUCUACACCUCGACUCGACAGACCUGGAAUUGGCAUGGAAACGGGUUAGCCACACGGACCGUCCCAACCGUCCGGGGUGGGAGGAGAUGGCUAGUGUCUGGAAAGCCCGGGCUGAAUGGGUGGACGAAACUCUUCUAGAGAGCGAGCUAGUGAAAUUAUCACAGGAUGAGUCGUCUACGCCAACACAAGCCACAGUGGUCAAGGAAAGAUUUGAAAAACUAGUUGUUGGCUGGGGAGGUACUGUUUGGGUAAUAAAUGUGUACCCCGACCGGCCAAACAAGAGCAGUAAAGACCAAAAGAUUGGAUCGGUCGAGGUCGCUACCAUACUGCGGACGGACUGUAUCAUAUCAGGAAUCUCAUUAUAUACACCGAACCUUCUGGCUGUUCUCGCGUAUGUUGAGACAGAAACAGACCCGGCAGACGAAAGCGCAAGUCGACUAGGUGCUCGUCGCCCUCUUGGGCAAGAGCCCGAGCUUCGUAUUAUAGAUAUCGAAAGCAAAGAGGAAGUCAGCGCGGACACCUUAUCGGUCAGUCGGUUUGAGAAUUUGACGGCGUCAGACUACCAUCUAUGCGUUCUACCGCCGUGGAAGACCAAUGUACGUGUGACCCAACGUGGGGCUUUGGAAGCUCUUGGUACCGGCCUUUGGGACGUUUCAAUGUAUCCCGCGCGCUUGUUUAGUUCAGCUGCGAGCAUCCGCAGUACAGCAAGCAGUGGUGACAGAAACUCUAGCCGAGCGCCGAGCACGUUUGCUUCGCGCGGAUUGGGCCCUGAUGAAUCUCUACCCACAGAAGUGCAAGAGGUUUCGGAGAGUACAGGCCCAAAAAUAUUCGUGCAUAGUCCAUAUGAUUGCGUGGUUGCUCUAAAGAGAGAUCUUUCAGACCAUCUCGCAUGGUUGAACGCACAUGAAAAGUAUGAUGAGGCAUGGAGGCUUCUUGAAGAUCAUCCCGAAGCGGUUGGAAAUGUUAAUGACGAUAACCUCUCCAUCCUACCGGGCAGGUCGCAAACUAGCCUGGGUGAUUUAUCCGGCGAUGACAGAUCUUCUAUCACGGCCAUAGAUCGCGGGUCAAACAACAGUGCUGCCGAGCAGGAAAAGCGCCGCAUUGGCGAGCUAUGGAUAGGACAGCUAACGAAAGAUGAUAGAUGGCAAGAGGCUGCCCAUGUUUGCGUGAAGACACUAGCUGCCACGCCUAGAUGGGAACAUUGGGCCUGGACUUUCAUCAAAAACGACAGACUUGAUGAGAUAUCGUCAGUUAUCCCAACUGGUCUACGUCCACCUUUGUCUUCAAAGGUCUACGAGGUCAUUCUUGAACAUUAUCUUGUUCAUGACCGACAAAAGUUCAGCGAGCUCAUUGAUUCCUGGCCUUUUGAUCUGUUUGGGGUCGACAAUUUGACAGCAGCUAUCGAGGAACAGCUGGGAUCCUACAAGGGUUCUCCAAGGUCGGACGAUGAGCGAACAUUGAUGUCGUGUCUGGCCAAGUUGUAUCUGGCCGGCGGCCACUACAAUGACGCGUUACGCUGUUAUAUCAUACUUCAGGAUGCAGACACAGCAAUGGCCUUGAUCAAAGACCACCGUCUUCUGGAUGCGCUCUCGGAUGAUAUUCCCGCCUUUAUCAUGAUUCGUGUGUCCAAGGAACAAAUGAAAUCGGCACCCAUCGCCGAACUUGCAGAGAUUACAGCUGAACCCAUCAAGCUGCUUGUCAAUGAGGCACACACUGGGAUUGUCCCCUCAGCAGCAGUCGUUGAGCAACUAGAAGCAGCCGAUCGGUCUUUGUUCAUAUUCUUUUAUUUGAGAGCUCUUUGGCGUGGGGAGUCUCUGCCCCAUGAGGCUGAUAAACCCCGUCGGGGACGGCAUAGCCGAGAUGCUGCUUCUAAAUUAGCCGCCGAUGAAGGCAAGAAUCUCGUGGACCAGUUUGCUGACAGAGCUGUGGAGCUUUUUGCGCAGUAUGAUCGCCCGCUACUUUUGGAAUUUCUACGAAGUAGUACAGCGUACACAUUCGAUGUAGCUGUGAACAUUUGCGAGCGCUACCGGUUUACGCCCGAGCUCAUUUACUUAUUGUCCAAGAUGGGGCAGACGAAGCGAGCAUUGAAUCUAAUCCUUUCCGACUUAAAGGAUGUCUCGCAGGCUAUUGCGUUUGCGAAGUCUCAGGACGACCCAGAUCUGUGGGAAGAUCUCGUCGACUACUCUAUGGACAAGCCCCGGUUUAUACAUGGCCUACUUGUCGAAGCCGGUACAUCGAUAGAUCCUAUCAAGCUAGUACGGCGGAUCCCAAGUGGUCUGGAGAUAGAAGGUCUUCGUGAGGGCCUAACUCGUCUUCUUCGGGAGCACGAUCUCCAGGCAAGUAUCAGCCAGGGCGCUGCGAGAGUCCUCCAGAGUGAAGUGGCGAUUGGCAUGAAUACCCUGCGCACCGGUCAACGGCGAGGAAUCAAAUUCAAUGUCAUAGAGGAUUCGCCGGUCCCAGAACAGCAGGUUGAGCCAGACGCCGGAGAUGACGCUGAUUCGCAAGCACCGCCACCGAAUCUAUCUGCACCGCAAGCUGGAAGAUGCGCAGGCUGUCGUCUUCCUUUCCACGCCAACGAAAAGGAAGUUCUUGUCGCAUUCGCCUGCGGCCAUGCAUAUCACCUAUCCCAUGUCCAUCAAUCCGAGUCACCAUCGCCCGGGCAUACGUCUGGAACUGAAUCGGGCACUCAAACUCCACGCCCACUCCUACCAUCACGCACUCCAGCUCUCGAUGAAUACUCUUCAUCAACAUCCCGAACUGUGGGUCCCAAGGUAACUACGGCUCGACUCCUGCGAGAUAGAAUCGGUGAUGGUUGUCGGAUAUGUGCUUUGGCCAAGGACCUGGAGGCUAUAGGAGAUUCUGAGGGCUACCACUAG